UUCAACACCAGGUAUUGUAUCGCCAUCAUGAGCAAAGAGCCAGAGGAGAGGAGGUUUUUCAACUAUCCCGAGCCAAAGAAAGGGCCAAAUGUUCAAUAUGCCGUCGAAAGGAGGCCCAAUCCCGUCCUCACCGGGCCGUUUCUUGUUGUCGCUGCCUUCUUGAUGGAAUGGAUCCGGUUCAUCCGUGAGAUGGCUUGGCACAAUGCUGGCUUUUCCGAUCUCCGCAAGAUCUUACCCGACCUCAUGAAUAUUGAGCCACGUUAUGAUCCUACCAUUGUUCCGCUGCCUAUUUCACAGUCGGAAGUUGAGGCUGGCGGUGAAAGGGUUCCCCUAUCAGCCACCGAAGGCCUCUCGCAGUCGCAGAAGUCUCUCAAGCUGUACUCGGUGGCCGAUUAUCGUGCCAAGUACCUCACUGGAGAGCUGACCCCUACCGAUGUGGUCAGAGCCAUCCUACCUCUUAUCCGUCGCGAUGGCGGCCAACCGGGCAAGCACUCCAUCGCUUGGAGGGAAAUACAGGUGGAGAGAAUUCUCAAGGCAGCCGAAGAGUCCACUCAGCGGUAUAAGAAUAAGCAGCCUAUUGGUCCCCUGGACGGCAUUCCAUCAAGUAUUAAGGAUGACUACGACUAUGACGGAUAUGCGACGAGUCUUGGAUCCAUCAAUGAUUAUUCUGAAGAGGCUGCCGACGGGGCAUCAUCGACAAGCUGGGCUGUCCGUAAACUGGAGGAAUCGGGUGCCAUUAUCAUUGGUAAACUACAUAUGCAUGAGUAUGGUCUGGACACCACCGGAAAUAACCCACACCAUGGCACGCCUCCUAACCCAUUUAACCCCGGCUAUUACACUGGUGGGAGCUCCUCUGGCCCAGCCUAUGCUGUUAGCAGCGGAAUCAUCCCUCUUGCUCUUGGAAGCGAUGGUGGCGGCAGCAUCCGUAUUCCAGCGUCGUUCUGCUCAGUAUUUGGACUCAAGCCAACCCACAACCGUAUUACAUGCUGGCCUGGUCCGAACCACUCUCCAACUUGUGCAGUACAGGGUCCUCUCGCCAUCGAUAUGGAAUCUCUAGUGGCUGCCUACGAGACGAUUGCAGAGCCGCACUCGUCAACUCAAUAUCCUCCUUUAAACCUUCAGCCAUCACCACCUGUGACAAAGGUCCUCGGUAUUUAUGAAGCAUGGUUCUCCCGCGCAAAACCCAGCGUACAGAAAUUGGUCCGUGGCCUUGUCGACUCGCUAGUUGCUCAGUAUGGCUACACUGUUAUUCCUAUCGAGAUCCCUUUUGCCGCCGAAGGCCAGAUGGCUCACGCUCUCACUGUUCUAACUGACGCCUCGACGUUACUUGUUGAUACUGGGACCAUUACUCCUGCUAACAAGAUUCUCCUGUCCCUGGGUCGCACCACUCCGUCUACAGACUAUCUUUUGGCGCAGAAGCUGCGAAACCUUAUCAUGGAGCACCUUGCGUACCUCUGGAAGCAAUACCCCGGAAUGAUGAUUAUCACACCAACAACAUCUUGCGCAGGCUGGCCUGUCAAGUCUGGUCAAUCAGAGUUAUCGUACGGCCUCAACGACGGAAGCCGCACCCUGGAAAGCAUGGAAUACGUCUGGUUGGCCAAUUUCUGUGGUCUUCCUGCAUUGAACGUGCCUGCGGGCUACGUAGUUCCAGAUGGCAGCAAGGGGGCUGGAGAAAUCGCUACCAAGGAUACUGAAGGAAUGGUGCCCGUCGGGCUCAUGGCAACGGGCGAGUGGUGCAGCGAAGAUGCUUUACUGCGGUUCGGCUUUGAUGCUGAAGCUGCGGGCCAGGAUCGACGGUGCAAGCCUCCCAUCUGGGAGGACAUUAUCUCGAGAGCUCAGACGGAGGCUAAGACCAAUGAGGCUGUUGGGAAUGGCGUCAAUGGAGAUUUAUGA